AUGAUUCCUUCCCAGAUUGGAAAGCUCUUCCUCAGCUCUGCCGCACUUUGGGCAACUGCUUUCGCCAGCGGUCUCAGUCUCGAGGACACUGGCACUGCAUCGGGUUGCACAGGCUCAACAGGAUGCUGCAUCCCAAGUUGCUUGGUAAACGUGUCCGACUUUUACGGCUGCAAUGGAAAUGUGGCAUUCUCGGGCACCUGUCAGUGGAACUAUGACAAUCCCAAGGGAACCCAAGAUAUUGGCAACGAUGGCUGCGGCGACGUUCAAGUGACUUUCUUGAAGGAUGACAGUGGCAACCCCGCCAUUGACAUCUACCACAAGUCGGACAAGAAGUACGACCGUUACUCAUUCAGCAACUGCAAGGCCCCGACUGUUGGAGGAAGCCAGUGUGCUCCACAGGGAGGCGGAUGCGAUACUAACAUCAUCCUCACGGGUGCCCAGGGCUAG